ACUUCAUGCUCGAACUCGCACGGACGUGUCGCGGAUGUCGGAAGGUGUAGCUCCUGUGAAUUGUUCUUGUGCGCCGCGCACAAAUCCCCAAUACAGCCAGAUCAGGCAGUGCCUGCAGGCUAUUGUGUGAAUAGAACGGUUUGUGGCAACAUUUGUUCGAUUUUCAGGUGUUGCAAAUUGAAUUCGCUUGCAAAUACAAGACACUUACGCACACGUACACAUACGCGGGCGCACGCACAAGUGUAGGUGUGAAAACAAGUGAAACAGAGAGCUGGGAAAACAAACUGGGCUGCAUAGAUACUGGCUAAAUAUUGGAUUAAGCUCGAAUAAAGAUAAUAAUAACAACAAUCAAUCGUGUGACAGAGAGAGUGCGGAUGAGGAAAAGAGAGGGAGCGCAGCACGCACACAAACACUAUCACGCUGACGUCGACGCGCUGUCUGUGCAGAGGAGCAGUGUUGCCAGCCCACAAUACAGCUGCCCGAGAAUCCCAAUUAAAUAAUUAAUAAGUUCGAAUCAGAAUUGGAGUAUCUGAGGCUGGGCCUGGCGUUGCAUACUCCUUUUUCCCGAUUCGGCUUAUUGGCAUUGUGGCUCUGCUCUAAGCUCUGAGUUGGCAACACUGGCCCCCAAAGCGAGUGGGGGCAAGAAAGAGAGAGGCAGACACACAGAGAACAUUCGCGAGAGAGUCACAUGCUGUGGUGCUCAUUUCAAUUUUCCUCAAUGAAUGAACACUUUUCACGGUUUUCGGUUCGUCGGUUCGCGUUUUCCUCAGUUGUGCGUUGUUUUGCUCGUGGAAAAGUUGUAAAGCUCAGCCAACCAGCCAUCCAGUUAUAAUCCAACAUUUUGUUUGCAGUGCAUUUGCAGCGCGGGAGAGCGAGAACCAACGGCCCAGCGCGCUGAUAAAUAAUUUUUAAAGUGUUUGUGUUUUUAACGUGUAAAACCCGAAAAAAAUCUAUCCCUUUUGCAUAACAAAAACAAGCCAAGCAAAUAAAAUUAAACAGAAAAAGAGCAAUAAACACACAUACACGUAAAGAGAGAAACGGACGCCUACGUCAAUAAGCGAAAAACGGAAGGAUGCUGCUGAUGUCACCGCCGUUGCAAUAGCAACACCAAUACCAUAAAGCCGAAGGAAAAUCAGCCCCUGCUGCACCCAGUCCUCCCCCCGAGAACAAGCCACACACAUGUUGCUGCCACAACUAAGAUGCUCAGCGCUGCCAAUGCAACUGCAACUGCAACAGCAACACAUGGAGCAGCAGCAGUCGCGAUUGCCGCAGCCGAGACUUAUGUCAUAACAAACAAACAGCAGCAACAGCCGCAUCAGCAGCAGCAACAAGCAUUUGUUGUUGCCGCCAACAAAAUGGUGAUACCAGCGACGGGAGCUACGAUCGCCGGUAUUCCAACAGCAACAACAACAGCAGCCGCCGAGUCGACAGCAGCGCAGCAACACCAGCAGCAGCAGCAACAUGUGCUGUUUCAGCCGCACCUACAGACAACAAGCGCAACUGCAGCAACCAGCACACCUCAGCAACAGCAACCACCUCAGCCGCGGCAGCAUCCCAAGAAGCGAAAGUUCGAUCCAGCCGAGCUGGACAAGACCGAGCAGCAUCCCCAGCACCAGCAGCAAGUGAGUCUGCAGAAGCAGCAGAAACACGCCGAUACAUCUGGCAACAGCGAUGGCCUGGCCAACGGCAAUCAGCAGCAUCGCAUGAUCGUGAGUUGCGGUGCAGGCGCCGGCAACAACAGUAGCAGCAGCAACAGUAACAGCAGCAGCGAUAUCAAGCAGCAGCAGCAACGUAUUAUCAUUGCAUCCCCGCAACAUGCCAGCGGUAGUACUUACAAGCAACAUGUUGCCAGCGGCAACAAUAGUCACGCAGCCACAAUCAAUCAUCAACAACGCACACACGCGCCCACAACCGCCGUUCACUACCAACAGCAACAGCAACAGCAGCAGCAGCAGCUACAACAGCAACCACAACGUUUUAGCUUUAACUCAAACAAUCAGCAACAUGUACAGGAACAACACCAGCAGCAACAGCAGCAAUCCCUGCUCGAUCUCAGCGAGUGGAACAACACGCGUGUCCUAGCCAAAAUCCAGAAUAACUAUGCUCCCGGGGUAAUACGCCACGCCCAGGAGGCGACUCCCGACUCAAUACUCGUGGAAUUCGAUUCCACCGAUUUGGGAUUACUGCUAUAUACGGAUGUGUUGCACCAGGGUCGUAACCAUGUGAUACUCGAUGCCAGCCCGCCCAUGGCGGAUAUUACGCUGGAUGCCCGUGUCUGCGUGCGCCAACGGGUGGAAGGUCGUGGCUCUGGAAGCUUCAACUACGUGGAGGGCAUCAUUACUGACAUCAACCAGAACACUAAGCAAUACAGCGUUCAACUGAUUGGCGAAGAAAUGCCCAACACCAAGGUAGUGCGACGUGCCGAUCUACGGCUCCUGCAGCCGCCUUGGUGGGACGAGCUAAACGAACUGACAAUGACGGGUGGAGCAAGUGCCUCCGCAUCCAGUGCCAAACGAAAGGUGUCGGCAGCGGGAGCAGGCGCAGGAGCUGCAGCUUGCGAGGCGAUGGCCGUGCCCAGUGGUAAUAUCGUUUACCCGAAAGCGGCCACCGGCACGCCGUUGACCUUCGUGGCCACCCGUUAUGAUGGCAAGCUGCCCACGGCACCACCCACAACGUCCCAUCAGCAGGCGCAGCAGCAACUGGUGAAACAAGAAGAGUAUUAUCGAACAACGGCCACAUCGCCUUUCCAGACGCGACCGCCCAUCGCCGGGCCCUCCCACGGAUCGGAGCAAGUGGUCCAGGUGGCACAGUCGCAUCCCCAGCAGUACAACGGCUUGGCGGACAUCGUGAUCUCCACGUGCAGCAAUGGGCAGCAUCUCAAGAUGCAGCAGCAACAGCAGCAGCAAUCGUCGCGUGGCUACGACGACUACGACUCGGACGAUGAACUCAAAAGGGUCGGCAUUGGAUACUCGCCAGCGGCCGGCGACCUGGACACGGAGAAGAUGAGCGCCUGCAGCAAGCGGAGCAGCAUGCAGAGCCGCGGCAGCACAUCAAGUCUUCUCGACCAGAGGCUUACACCCCGAUCUCAUCCAGCAACACCAAGUGCCAUCCACAGAUCUCAGGCCACUACGCCGCACCGCUUCAAGAAGGGAGACAUCGUGGAGUCUGAGUCCGGCGUGCGGAAGAAGUACAACGGCAAGCAGUGGCGUCGCCUGUGCAUGCUCUGCACCAAGGAAUCUCAGCGACGCGGUUACUGCUCACGGCACCUCAACCAGAAGGGCAACAACAGUGCCCUGCCCUCGUCCACGGGCCCGGGACGUCUGCUCAGUGACAGUCGAUCGAGCAGUAAGACGCAGAUCGAUGAGGACACCUCUCGCGACUCGGAGACGUCGCCCAACUACCGGGUUAAAGGUCGCUACGACCAGGAGGAAACCGAUGCGGCCGUCAUGCUGGUAUCGCUGAGCAGCUCUCGAUCUGCCACGCCCUCGUACACCUCACCUGUUAACCAUGCCGGAGUCUCUCCUUUGAAUGCCAUUGCCCAUUCGCCGGUGAAUGUUUCCGCCACUCACAGGCAGAACUUUUUCACACCCAUUGCCAACCAGUCGCAGCAGCAUCAGCAACAGCAGCAACCUGUGGCCGUACCGCUCGACUCGAAGUGGAAAACAACACCCAGUCCGGUGCUCUACAAUGCCAACAACAACAGCAGCAACAAUAACAACACUAGCAACAACAACAACAACAAUGACUGGGAGGUGGGCAGCAACAGCAAUACUCAUGUUGCAGCUACGGCACAAGCAACAUCAACAGUUCGCGCUCAACCACUGCCGCCGCAAACGACGCCCGUAUCGCUGGUGAUGCAUGCCCCACUGCAGCAGCACCCACUGCAGCAGCACCACCACCACCAACCGCCUCCACCGCCACCUGCCAGUUUGCCAGCCCCAUCGGCACCAGCCACCAGCGGCAGCAGCAGCAGCCACAACAACGUGGGUCAUGCCACCAGCGUUAUACGCAUUUCAAGCAGCCAGCAGCAACAUCAGCAGCAACAGCAGCAGUCACAUCCACAUGUAGUUGUGUCCGACGGACAGACUUUUCAUCCCGUAAUUGUGGACGCCACACAGCUAUCGGUGCCGCUGCCACCAACAACGGUUUCAUUUCACCAGCCAAACACGCCCACCUCAACAGCGGCAUCAAUAGCUUCAAUGGGGCAGGACAAGAUGCUGCCAAAAAACGGCUACAAUGCACCCUGGUACAAGAUUUUACCGCAUAUGACGCCUAUGAGCAAGGCGUCCGCAGCUCCGGUCACUCCGACCCUAACCACAUCGGCCGGCAGUUACAAUGUCGUCAUGAUGCAACAGCAUCAACAGCUUCAGCAACAGCAGCAACAGUCGCCACCCCAGAUGCCGCUGAACCACAACAACAAUAAUCUGAUUGUGCCCGCCCCACUAAGCUCACCGGGCAAACCACUCAACUGCUCAAUGAACGAUGCCAAGGCAGCGGCAGCAGCAGCGGCCGCAGUUGCCAAUCAGAGGCAACAGCAGCAGCAGGAGGAGCCGGACGAUCAGCUGGACGAUGAUGUGUUUGAGGCCACGACUCCCGGGAUCAGCGUCAACAGUAAGAAACAAACUACGGCUAUGCGUCUGCCCACCCACAACAGCAACAUACGCAAGCUGGAGGAAUGCCAUGAUGCGAGCGAUGGAACUGCAGGUGCACCAGCCACCUCGGCUGCCAAGCGAAGGAGUCAAUCGUUGAGCGCCCUGCAGCAACAGCAGCAACAGCAGGCCGGAACGGCAGGAACAGCAGCUGGGCAGCCGGCGAACAAGAAAAUCCGAAGACCCAUGAACGCUUUUAUGAUCUUCUCAAAAAAACACCGCAAAAUGGUGCACAAGAAGCAUCCGAAUCAGGACAACCGUACGGUCAGCAAGAUUCUAGGCGAGUGGUGGUACGCCCUGAAGCCAGAGCAGAAGGCUCAGUACCACGAGCUGGCCAGCUCUGUUAAGGAUGCACACUUCAAACUGCACCCGGAGUGGAAGUGGUGCUCCAAAGAUCGGCGCAAGUCAUCUACCUCGACAGCCACGCCUGGUGGAAAGGCGGGCGGAGCGGCUGGAACGAGUGACGCUAAGCAACGUCUGGUCUCGGUGGAUGGCUCCGAUUCCUUGGAGCACGAUAUGUGCCCCUCAACGCCAGGAGGCAGCGGCAGCUGCGGUGGUCAGGGCAUGUCGUCCGAUUUGCAGGGAGACAUUAUACCGUUGACGAUUGACAACUAUAAUAGCACCUGUGAUGAGGCUCCAACUACGAUCUCGAUGAAGGGCAACGGCAACGGAAAGCUGAUGAAGAACGAGUUGCCAUCUGACGAAGAUGAGCAUAUGCUGGUGGUGGAGGAGGAGCCUCAACAGCCGGUGAAGAAGCUUGACCUGCACUGCCGCGAGCGGGUGAAUGACUCGGAAAUGGACGACACCCCCUUUGACUACCGCAAGCAGCAGCCAGAGGCCAAUCAGCGUUCUGCAGAGGAGCACAAUACAUCCGGUGCAAAUGGCCAGGCCAUAAGUGCACCGCCGCUCAGCGGAGGCGAGCGCGAGAUCACACUCAAACCGAAGGCUAUCAAAGCACAUCCGGUGCUGGAGAGCAACAUGCUGCCAUACACCCAGAUGUCCAUCUACACGCAGUACACUAGUCCCAAGAAUCCCAUCGGUGUAACACCAUUCCAACCCACAGGCGGCGCUUUCAAAUCGAUGCCCAUCAGCCCUAAGGGCAGCGGUGGCAAGCCUGAGGACGCUGGAUCCCUGCAGCCACAUAUCAAGCAGGAGGACAUCAAACAGGAGCCGCCAUCGCCAUACAAGCUGAACAAUGGUUCGGGAUCCGCCGCCGGAGGGGGCGUUGUUAGUGCUCCGCCACCGAACAGCGGAAGCGUCGGUGCCAUCUUCAACUUCAAUGUGCCAACAGCGACGGCUUUGAGUCAGAAGCAGUUUCACUACCCGAUGCAUCAUCCCCAUCGCAGUCCCACGGAUCUUAGAGCUGCCCACCAGGCGUGUGUGCCAUCGUCGCCAGCUGGCAUGGGAUUGGGGCAUGCGGCCAACAUUGCCACGCCUCCAGCAUCGGCGCCUGCCCAGAUCAUGGGAGGCGGUCCAGCCAGUCAGAAAAUGUUCUUCGCCAUGAGUCAUCCGUAUACGUUGCUGCAGCGUUCCCACCAACCAGGCACUCCCAGCUUAGAGCACUUGCAGCUGGAUGCGUUUGCGCCAGGAGGUUACACCUUGAGGAACCACAAUGGACUGUCUUCUCUGCCGCCGCCCGUGAGUUCGCAACCCACGAUGUUGCUACAUGGAUACACGCCCAGCCAUAGCGCCGAACCACCAGCUAGAUCGCCUUCGUACAAGUCAAUGCCCUCUACUCCAAAAUCGGCCACAUAUCUCAUGAGUGCGCCACCGGAGCGGGGCAUGGAUGGGGGAAUGAGUGGAUGUGCAUCAGCAGCGGCAAGCGGAGGAGAUGAGAACGACAUGGACGCGGAUGGCCAGCAAUUUAUUUUGGCACCCACACCUGCGCAAUUGGGUCGGGCUCCACUGCAGAGGCGUAAGAAUCUAUCUCAAAGCAAGUCAGAGAGCAAUGUCUCCUUUGGCAGUAAUCUGGGGACCAGCAAUGGACAGCACAUUAGUCGCAAGCUGCACUCACCCACAAUGAUGGAAUCGUCAUCGCCCAUCAUAGGCCACGUGAACAGCAGUAACCUCAGCUCGGCCCUCCCCACGCCCACGUCCUCGACAACGACACCAAACAGUGAUGAGCAACUGCCACUGACGCCGACAACCAGCAGCAGCAAUAGUCACAUAAAUCAGCAGCCAAAGUCACCGAUGAAAGGAGCUCCAGGAUCAACGGCAGCGGCCCUGAAAAAAAAGAACGAUGAGAUGAAUAACAGUGUGCUCAAGCAGGUCGAUUUUGAGAAGAAGUACAAGGCCCUGCCGCAGUUCCAGCCUGAGGAUUGCCAGUCGCCUAGUGCCAUCGCUGUGCCCUCUUCGCCGCGCGUCUACGGCACGAAUUACCGCAAGAAGAACACGGCUCCGCCGCCAGUUCAGAAGCUAAUGUGCGAGGACGACUCUAUUGACGAACCAGCAUCGGCACCGCCUACGACCACCCAGCGAUUCUUCGGUCCGGACUUUAACAACGAACUAAAGGACGAACGCCUUGCAGAACUGGAGAGCUCUGACCAAACGGGACGCUCACCAAGGACGCCGAAGACACCGCUUCAAAGCGCCCGGUCCGAUGCCAGUGAGAAAGGACACCGUAAGGUCCUGGAGACGCGACGCAGCCUGGUCUUGCAGUUGUUUGCCGAGCACGGCAACUUCCCCACUGCCCAGGCCACUAUGGCCUUUCAGUCUAAGCACAGCGAUGUCUUUCCGCGCAAGCAAGAUCUGCAGCUGAAGAUAAGAGAAGUGCGUCAGAAGCUGCUGGGCCAAGCAUCCUGCACUCCACACUCGGCGGGCCCCAACACACCGUCUGAUUCCAACUCGUCGUCGACCGCAUUGAGUGCCAGUAGCAACAGCUUGAAUAUGCAGACCACCAGUGCGGCAGGUGGCCACCAACAACAGCAACCUGAGCUGCAGCCCCAUCCCGCCACCAACGUCACUGAAUCUGAUGCCAAGUACAAGUAAUUUGGAGUGGAAAAGGACGAGAAGUUUGGCGGGAACAGAAUCAGACAACAGAUUGUUUGCUGCAAGUGACAAAAUUACUUAAGGAUAGUAAACGAAUCGACAACAAGAAUUGCAGCAACGCAGACUCACAAAACGAAACGGAUAUACAAAAAAGCUUACACUUAGCAAACGCUCAUGCAUCAGAUGCGUGGUUAACUAGUUUUUAUUAUUAACAGCUAAUAGCAAGAAAGCAACAUACAGAGAAUAGAUAAAAUUACAAAUUUUUAAUUACAAUCGGCAUACAAAAUAUGUAAAAGCAACGUAAUUUGUGAGUCGAAACUGAUUACAAAUGAAUUUAUUAAGCAGCUUAAUAAAUCAGAUGUAACCGACACAAAGGAGAGGUAGAAAUUUUGAUGAAAAUUUGAACUUUUGAAGCACAUAUGAAGUACAUACAUACAUAGAAAACAUACAUAAUCGAAAGAUUGUAUAAUCCCCGCGUAAAGGCUUAGGUUUUAAUUUACAGGCAAAACUGCGACCAACAAAUUGGAAGAGCAAAAAAAAACUACGGAAAUAGAAGUUAAGCUUCAACUUAAAUUGCAUAUUAAUUUUGAAGUGUAUCAAGCACAAGCAAAGAAUUGUAUAAAUCAAACAGUAAGAAACUUGAAAUAAACACUGUAGUUGUAUUGUAAAUUUAGUAAUAACAUUUUUAACGAGAACAAUCCCCUCAAAACACCCACACUAACACCCAAUCGCACACAUCCAAAUGCUUUUAAACUGUUUGCUUUUGUUCUCAAAGCUUAUGCAACAAAAACCUUUUUAAAUUGUAUGUACAUUUCCUUGGAUUGGCUUUUUACACUGUUGUCUAAUUGAAUUAUAAUUUAUAUAUAUAUUUUUAUUUUAGUAUAGCCUGUUUUUAAAUUGUACACAUACCGAAAAAUAAACUCUAAAAAGAAAAUAAUUAAAAACCAUUUAUUACCGACGAUUGAAAGAAAACAAACAAGAGAGAGAAUGAGAGAACUAACUGUCUUCCACUGUUGCUGCAAUAUACUAUUUAAUAUUGUUUACCAUUUCGUUUCAUUUAAAUUUAGUUAUAUAUUUAUGUUUUAAGUAUGUGACUGCAUUUUAUUCAUAUGCAAAUUCUGUUCUUUGUGAGUUGUUUAUUAUUAAAUGUAUUCGCUGAUUUA